AUGGUUCUCUACUUGAACCGUGUAGCUCAUCUUAUAACGGUCUUGAUUGCUCUUGGGAGCCUAGCGGCCGUGUCCCGUGGGCAGUUGAACGUCGGAUUCUACUCCAAAACGUGCCCCACUGCCGAGUCCAUAGUCAGGUCAGUCUUAGCCAAUCAUUUCAAUAAUGACAAGACAAUCCCGGCACCAAUCCUUAGAAUGUUCUUCCAUGACUGCUUCGUCAGUGGCUGCGACGGCUCCAUCCUUCUCGACGGACCCAACUCUGAGAAGACAGCUGUCCCCAACCUCAGUCUCAGGGGAUUCGAAGUCAUUGAAGAAGCCAAACAGCAAAUCGAGGCUGUCUGCCCUGGCGUCGUCUCCUGCGCCGACAUUCUUGCCCUAGCCGCACGUGAUUCUGUAGUGCUCGUAAGCGGGCACACAAUCGGGACAGCGGCAUGCCAGUUCAUCAGCUACCGUCUGUACAACUACAACAACACGGGAAAGGCGGACCCGACCAUCAACCGGGCCUUCCUCCCGAUCCUGCGGAAUGACUGUCCGCAGAACGGGAAUGCGUCCAAGCGGGUCCCGCUCGAUAGGAUUUCCCCAACAAAGUUUGAUAAUGCGUUCUACUUGGAAGUGGCAACCGGGUUUGUGGUUCUCGAGUCGGACCAGAGGCUGUUCAGCAGCAUGGAAGGCCAGAUCCCAGUCGCCAAACUGGCGUUGCAAUUCUUCGGCAACGAUAAAUUCGGCAAGGCCAUGAACAAGAUGGGAGCCAUUGAGGUGCUGACGGGGACCAAUGGCGAGAUCCGGAAUGUUUGUAACGCUACUAAUUCGUGA